AUGCCAUCCAGUGGACUCUACACCAGUUUGCAGCUUGCUGCGACAGCCGGGAAAGUUGCCUGUCAGGCCACCAGCAUCCUCAAGCAGGAUGCCUACACGUUCUACAAGACAUCGGUCACCACCCAGCCGUUGAGACAGUUUGUGUUUGACUCGAACCCAGAUGAUCAGAUGUGGGCACAUCUCCACCAAGUCUCAAGUAAGGCGAGAGCUAAAGAUGUCAAGAUAAAUACUAGAAGUGAAGCUCCCGGAAAUGCUGUUUCAAAUGGCACUGCUUCGCAGAAGAGAGGCUUUGCCACGAGCACCAGGGCGUAUGCUAAAAUAAUCGGCGAGAAGGAAACCCCAGAGGUUGUGAUGACCUCCUCUGAGGUCCCCGCUUCGCGCCUCGGACGCCUCUUCCACUAUGGCUCGCUCGCGGCAGCGGUGGGUGCGGGCGCGGCGGCGCAGGGCCUUAAGCACAUGGCCACCACCCAGACCAAGCCCUCGCUCAACAGCAUGCUCUUGUCUCCACAGAACAUUGUGCGCAUGGCGAACAAGUUUCUGCAGAUGCGCGGUGCCGCGCUCAAGCUCGGGCAGAUGAUGUCAUUCCAGGACGCGCUGAUUCUCCCGCGCGAGGUCCAGCAGAUCCUCCAGCGUGUGCAGAACUCUGCGCACUAUAUGCCCGCUGGGCAGCUCGAGAAGGUGAUGGUGGCACAGUUGGGGAAUAAUUGGCGUGAGCGUUACUUUGCGUCGUUUGAUGAUGUGCCGCUCGCGGCUGCGUCCAUCGGCCAGGUCCAUAAUGCCGUCACCUUGGACGACUAUACGCCUGUUGUGGUCAAGGUGCAGUAUCCGGGCGUCAUCGACAGCAUUGACUCCGACUUGAACAACUUGCUCAUGCUUCUUACGGCCUCGCAGCUCCUUCCAAAGGGCCUCUUCCUCGACAAGACCGUGGCAAACGCGCGUAUGGAGUUGAAGUGGGAGUGCGACUACAUCCGCGAGGCACAGAACUUGGUGCGCUUCCGCGAAAUCAUCGAGUCCACCCCAGGGCUUGCCGAUGUUUUCCAGGUACCGCGCGUGAUGCAUAACAUGUCAGGCGAAAGCGUCUUGACGAUGGAAAAGAUGCAGGGUGUGGAGAUCGUCAAGGGUAACUGGGACCAGGCAACUAAGAACCACAUUGCCUCGUCCAUCAUGAAGUUGUGUUUGAUGGAAAUCAAGUGGCAGUUAAUGCAGACGGACCCGAACUGGGCCAACUUCUUGUACAACGAAAAGACAAAGAAGAUCGAGUUGUUGGACUUUGGCGCUACCCGCGACUUUGGUGAUGAGUUUACCCAAAACUACAUCCAGGUGUUGCGCGCCGCCAUCCACAAGGACAGAGACGGAGUCAAAGAGUAUUCCCACAAGUUGGGCUACCUCACGGGCUUUGAAAGCGACGCGAUGGUCCAGGCCCACAUCGACUCUGUGCUUGUUCUCGGUGAGCCCUUCUCUCCGGAGAAUAAUGUUGUGGGAAAGCCGUACAGUUUCAAGUCCCAGACUGUCACUGAUAGAGUCCGGGGCAAUAUCGGACUCAUGUUGGAGCAGAGAUUGAGCCCGCCGCCAGAGGAGACCUAUUCGUUGCACCGUAAGUUGAGCGGAGUCUUUUUGUUGUGCUCAAAGUUGGAUGCUGAGUUUGACUGUGCCGCGUUGUUCAAGGAGGUGUUGGGGUACCAAUAG